AUGAUGGAAGACUCAAGUCUAGAAGUGACUCCACAGAAUCUUGACUACAUGAACUCAGACCUUGAAAAGAAGCUACAGAGUCUGGCCAAGGCAAAUCAAGUUCUUUGUAAAAAAAUUCAAGAGAAAGAAGAAAGUAUUCAAAGUCUGGAUAGAGAUAUCGCCCUGUUGGUAGAAAGAGCCAAAGAGAUAGAGGCAUUGAACCAGACCAUAAUGGAAAAGGAGCAAGAUCUAAAGGAGUUGGAAGUACAGACUGUGAAGCUGGAAAAUAAGAAUCUGAUCCUUGGCAAGAAUGUGGUAGAACUUCAGAAGAAGAUUUCCAAGGGAUUCAAGAAUGUUGACUCUGAUAAAGAAACCAUGAAACAGCUUGUGGUAGAAUUGAAAGUGAAACUACAGAGGUCAACAGAGUCUUGCACAAAGCAAAAAAAGAAAAUGGCGAAGUUGGAGAAUAACUAUCAGCAUGUACAUGAGCUCUGUAAAGAUCAGAUCCACUACAUAAAGAAAUACCAAGAAGUUCUGAAGUGGAUGGAAGAAGAAAGGGAAGGACUGCUGCUUAAAAAAGAAAUAUCCAAAAUUCAGAAUAACCCUUCUUCCCAAGUAGAGACACCUGGGUCAGCUCUGCUAGAGACCAUUCAGAGCAACGUGCAGCUAGAAAAAGGCAGAGCCAAGAAUCAAGUUAGGAAGCAGCCUGAUACCAGGCCUCUGAUCUUAACCUCCCUAUCCCCCACCCCUGCCAUUGGCCCAACUUUCUAUGCAAACCUGCUCAGACACAGCUUCAGCUUUGAUUGCUUUCCACAGGAGGAGACUGGUGAUAAGAAACAGAAGAGCAUGUUUUGGCAUAGUCAUUUCCGGUACCUUUUCUUCAUGAUCAUGAUCUUCAUGAGACUACUGGGUUACAUAUUUUUCCACCUUCAGUACAUAAACCCAGAUCUUCUUGUGGAUACCCUGCCUAUGCUGAUGAGCAGGAGCAACCUGAAGUGGCUGAGUGAUGUUUUAUUCCCCUACCUCAUGCUAGAGGUGGAAGAUGUUCUACCCCACUAG